CCGCCCCUAGCUGGGUUGUACUUGUUGUCAGUCGUGAGGUGAAAAGUGGCUGUCGCUGGGGCCCGGCUUUUUCUCCUGACGGAGUUUUCUUCUCCCCGGGAUUGGAGUGGAACAUUUUUCAAAUUGUAGUCCAUGAACUGCACGAGAAACCCUUAACUCAAGAUGCAUCCAGACUUGUCUCCUCACCUGCACAGUGAAGAAUGUAACCGAGUUAUCAGUCUGCUCAAAGAGUGUCACAAAGAGCACACCUUUUUGAGAUUUUUUGGCCACUGCAAUGACCUUGACCGUGAGAUGCGGAAAUGCUUAAAGAAGGAGUACCAAGAAAACCGAGCCAAGAGCCAGGCACAUGCUGAAGAGAUGCGUCAGAGGCUCAUUAAUGCUUCAAAACACUCUGAGAGCUGAGCUAUGUUGCAGCUGGACAGCUAUACAUCAUAUGGACAUUUGGCUGAAAGCUAAAGGAACAUAUCUUGUUUUGUCUUCUAUACACUUGGAUAUAAAAUGCUAUUUCCUCAGCUGCUGAUGUUUGUAAUAAGAAUUGCUGAAGUUUACACUUAUUGCUGACAAGAUACUUUAAUUGUUUGGCGAGAGAUUUAGUGGACUAGAACUGAUUUUUCUAGGGUUGCCAUAGUGCAAACAAUACUUACAUUUGAGAGGAAAACAGGGUUAAAUAAAAAUAAUAAGCAUGUUCUGUUGUUGGACUCCUAAAACAAGAUAAGCUAUAAGCUGG